CACUGUAUAACCAGUACAGUCAGGGUUAUGGUGCACCAGUGAGCCAGCACCAAGGACAAGGUCAGCCAUCACCAGCUCAAGGGCAAAUUAUGUAUGGCCAGCCUGGAGCACCUGGUCCAUAUGGUCAAGCUCCUGGAGUACCUCAACAGCCACAG